UAAGCCUCCUCCGAUCCGACUCCACAGAGCACGUGCGUUCCAACGCUUCCGGGGUUCUAACUCACAGAUCGUUCGAGCCGUCCGGUCCAAUAUGGCAUCGAGAACCGCCGUGUCCUCUCCUGCCCUCCUCCUCGUCGCGCUGCUGCUCUCGUGCGCCAUCAUGAUGAGCAGCGCGGCGCCGAGGCUGGAGGAGGAGGCGCCUAAUAAGGAGGAGCCGGAGCUCCCGCCGCACCUGCCCGUGCCGGAGCUGCUGGUUCCAGAACACGAGCUGCCUCCGUUCCCGGAGGUCCACCUGCCGCCGUUCCCUGAGGUCGACCUGCCGCCAAAGCCCGAGCUGCCAGAGGUGAAGCUGCCGCCUAAGCCCGAGACCCCCGGCGUUCCCGAGUUCCACUUCCCAGAGCCAGAUGCUAAGCCAUGAUUGCACGAUCGGGUUGCGUAUCGGUCAUGUGCGUGUAUGGAUUCUGUUUGUGUCAUCGUGUGUACUUGUGAUGUCCCCUGGACCCCUGGUCCAUGUACUUGAUGCAUGAUGAGAGUGCUUGUGUGUUUAUCAACAACAAUAAGAUGGAUAUAUCAAUGUUUU